UGCAGUCGGUCAGAGCUGACUCACGUGUUACAACCGCAGAUCGCAGAUCAAUGAGACAGAAGUUUUUCUCUCUUUUUUCCUCUUUUCCUUUUUAUAUAUAAAUAUAUGUAUAAAACUCCACUUCAGCCAAGUAGAAUUAUAUCUUGCGAUAUCUGCGGAGGGAAGAAACAAGUCGAGGAAUCUUAUUUUUCAAGAGGGACCAGCGAGAUUAUGAUUUGAAUCAAAGGGACGGACUGAACUGUUGUCUCCUAACAGGAUGAAUCUUCUGCUGCUCCAUGCCACUGUGUUGCUGUGGGCUUUGUCCCCCAGCAUGCAGAACUACUGUGAUAAAUCAUCUGAGACAAGCAAACUAAAUCUCUCUGUGACCUACGAGCUCCCAACCUUCACUGCAGACUACCCCAUCCAAAACAUGGUUACCCUGGACGGCAUCAUCUAUGUUGGAGCCGUGAACAGAAUCUACGCUUUGGCCCCAAACCUCACAAAGCUGUCAGAGUACCACACAGGGCCGCUCUUUGCCAACCAGGCUUGCGGCCUGACGCAGACAAGACCGGGCGGCACCAGUGGGGUUGACAACCACAAUAUCGCUCUGGUGGUGGAAAACAUUUAUGACAAGGGAUUGUACAGCUGUGGUUCGGUAGAUAACGGUGUGUGCCGCCGUCACGUCCUGGAUGACGGCAAUAGCCUAAAAGCUAUUGACGAGGAAGUCUACUGCUUUGCAGACAAAGUGCAGCCAGGCCAUGGUCAUCCCAUCGAUGCAGAUGUUGUUGUCAGCCCAUCAGGUUCUCAAGUGCUCAACGUGGAGAGCAAUGUCAUCACAUUUUUUGUUGGGAACUCUGAGAUCCCUAAAGCAGAAAACAUAUCAGGCAGUGUCAGGCGUCUGCACACCAUUUCACAGCGGAAGAUGAAGACGAGCCAAAACGGCUUCACUUUUUUUUCUAGCCUUUCACACAUUGAUCUGAUCCCCUCUCUCCAAGGAAACUACUACCUGCGAUACGUUUACUCCUUCCACAGCGGACCCUUCACCUACUUCCUUACGGUGCAGCAAGUGAACAAGGACACUCAAGCAUACCACACCCGCAUAGUCCGCAUGUGUUCCUCAGACCUGGUGAUUCGGCGCUAUGUGGAAAUGCCCCUGGAGUGCAUCAGCACGAACAAAAGACGCAGACGCGCCACCGAAGAAGUGAAGGUGUUCAACAUCCUUCAGGCCGCCCACGUCACCAAGGUGGGCAACGACGCAGAACUGCAGAAGCAGCUAAAAGCGGAAGAAGAUGAAGAUGUGCUGUUUGCCGCCUUUGCUCAGGGCCAGCCAGGCUCUCCCGAGCCGACCCCCAACUCGGCUGUCUGCGUCAUGUCUCUGAAGCACAUCAACACGAUGUUCAAGAUGUACAUGCAGCGGUGCAACACCAUCGACCCGUACCACUUCACUGGCUCAGAGAGGAAGUCCUGCUAUAACAUGACUUCCUCAGACGACUGCGACCCCCACGAAGGAAUCCACGAGGGAAAGGAGGGCAUGUACCGCCUGCAGGUGACCCAGUUUGUCCAGAGGCUGGAGUACUGGCACAAGGACUUGAAGAACACCUUGGUCACGUCGAUUACAGUGGUUCCAGUCAAUGGUCGCACUGUGGCGUACCUCGGCACGGCAGAUGGACGACAUAUUCAGGUACUCUUCUCCAGGUUUACGUCGCCUCAUGUGAACAUCGGCCUGGACUCCAGCCCCGUCUCUGCCAGCGUAGUUCUGCCAGACAAGCCGCAUUCUGAAGGAGCCGUGCUGAUGGCCACAGGCAACAAGAUUACCAAGAUCCCUUUGAUUGGCCCAGGCUGCGGUCAGCUGACCACGUGUACAUCUUGUUUGCUGUCAUCCAAAGUGACACAGUGUGGCUGGUGUGAUGGCCGCUGCACCAGAAGACUUCAGUGUCCCUCCUCUUCCACCUGGAGUCAGGACCACUGCACACCGGUCAUCACCAAGGUGUUCCCAUCCUCUGGACCAAUCAGGGGUUCUACAGCCAUAACCAUUUGCGGACGCAACUUUGGCUUCGACAAGACAGAGAACUUCAAAACCUCGAUGGUGACCGUGGAAGUGGCAGGAGCUCAGUGCAAGCUGGCUAGACAGGACAAUGUCAACAGAUGGACUGAGAUGCAGUGUUCCCCGUCGUUCAGUGGGAACUUCACUCCAUCCGGACACUUGGUGAAGGUCACCAGUGGCCACGCGGUGGCCAAACUCGAGGGCUUCAAAUUUGUGGACCCUGUGAUCUACGACAUCUUUCCCAUAUUUGGUCCAAAGUCUGGUAACACCAUGUUGACUAUCCGAGGAGCCUUUUUGGACACUGGAAACAAACAAGUGGUGACUGUAGGGAAGGCAAGCUGCAAGAUCCAAAGCCUGUCGUUCUCCAUGCUGACCUGUAAGACACCACCACACACACACGCCGUCCCCUCGGAGCAGCCGGUGAAGCUGACGGUGGAUGCGGUGGAGCGCCCGGCGCCCGUGCCGUUCACCUACAAUGAGGACCCGGUCAUCAGCAGCAUCCGGCCGCUGCGCUCCUUCGUGAGUGGAGGCUGCACCGUCUCGGCUCAGGGCUCCUACCUCCAGUCCGGCCUCCAGCCCCAGAUGGUUCUCAGGACGGCUCAGGACGCCGCCGUCUUCCACGUGAGCUGUGUGUAUGGUGAAAACCGGACGUCCAUCCAGUGCACCACGCCUUCCCUGGCUAAGCUACCUCUGCAGCCGCCGGUGGUCACCAAGGUGGCAUUUGUCUUGGAUGGCUACUUGACAGACCAGAAGGACCUGAUCUAUGUGGAGGACCCCCUGUUCCAGGACCCCAAACUGACAUCCAAGGACAACAAGAGCAUCGUGGAGCUCAAAGGCGACCGGAUGGACAGGGAGGCGAUGAAGUGCCAGGUCCUGACCGUUUCUAACCACAGCUGUGAGAGUCUGACGGUGGUUGGAAACACCCUGGAGUGCACCGUUCCCACCCAGCUGCAGGCCGCCACUGCCAAGGAGCUGCAGGUGGAGUGGCGCCAAGCGGACUCCAUCAGGCAUCUGGGCAAGGUGACGCUGGCGCAGGAGCAGGACUACACAGGCCUCAUCGUGGGCUGUGUGUGUGUCAGCCUGCUGCUGCUCUUUCUGGGAUCGCUGCUGAUGUGGAGGAGGAACAAGCACAUCGAUGAUCUGUCUGAGGUGUGGUAUGAUGGCCGGGGUCACAUCCAGCAUCUGGACAGGCUGGCUAACGCGAGGAGCGUCAGCCCCACUAACGAAAUGGUCUCCCAUGAAUCAGUCGACUAUAGAACAACCCUGCUGGAGGAUCAGGGUGUCGACAGGCCUGAGACAUGUCGGGCAGCUCCUCCUAUCUACAGAGCCGAUGGGGAGCUGCUGUCUCCCAGACUGGGAAUACUGGGAGGGGGGCUGGGCCUGGGCAUGGAAGGCGACCUGGUGUCCCCCCUGUUGAUGGCUCCGGUCCACAUCGAUCCGUCCUGUCUCCACCCGGACCUGCUGACUGAGGUGCAGCAUGUGGUGAUCGCAAGGGAGCAACUGCUGCUUCACGUCAACCAGAUCAUCGGCAGAGGACACUUUGGCUGUGUUUUCCAUGGAACAUUGCUGGAGCCAGACGGGCAGAAGCAGCAUUGUGCUAUCAAGUCGCUAAAUCGAAUUACAGACUUGGAAGAGGUUUCCCAGUUUCUUAAGGAGGGUAUCAUUAUGAAGGACUUCAGCCACACCAAUGUUCUCUCUCUACUGGGCAUCUGCCUUCCGCCUGAGGGUUCACCACUGGUGGUCCUGCCCUACAUGAAGCAUGGUGACCUGCGCAACUUCAUCCGUGACGAAGUGCAUAAUCCAACAGUAAAGGACCUGAUGGGCUUCGGACUGCAGGUUGCCAGGGGGAUGGAGUACCUCGCCAGCAAGAAGUUUGUCCACCGUGACCUGGCUGCCAGAAACUGCAUGUUGGAUGAGAGCUACACGGUAAAGGUGGCAGACUUCGGCCUCGCUAGAGAUGUUUACGACAAAGAAUACUACAGCGUCCACAAUAAGAGCGGCGUCAAGCUGCCCGUCAAGUGGAUGGCCCUGGAGAGUCUCCAAACACACAAGUUCACCACCAAGUCAGACGUGUGGUCGUUUGGAGUCCUGCUGUGGGAACUGAUGACACGCGGCGCCCCGCCGUACUCCGACGUGAACUCCUUCGAUAUCACCGUGUUCCUCCUGCAGGGCAGGCGACUGCUGCAGCCCGAGUUCUGCCCCGAUGCUCUCUACACGGUGAUGAUCGAGUGUUGGCAUCCCAAGCCGGAGCGCCGACCUUCCUUCUCCGAGCUGGUGUCCCGCAUCGCCGCCAUCUUCUCCAGCUUCAGCGGGGAGCACUACGUCCUUCUCAACACGACGUAUGUCAACAUCGAGAAGAUGAGCCCGUACCCCUCCCUUCUCACCUCCACGUCAUCUUCUUCAGACUCCUCCUCCGAGCCCUGCACCUCCUCGUCCCUGCCCUCCCAGUCCCCGCUCCUCUGCCGCAUGGAGCGUGAAUGCUGCACCUGAAACAGGAAGGGAGGCUGUGGGGCCGAUUGUCAACUGAGAGAUGGACUCAGAAAGCAGGGAGCUACUGUCUAUAACUUGCCAAACACUGGACGCUGCUUGCCGAGGACACUAGGGAUUCUCUGGAGCUCAAAGUGAUUGGGAUCCUUUUGGAAACCUCGACAUGAUGCAGAGUGAACCUGUUCGGCUCCUACCACAAACUUUCAAUGAGCACAGUCACAGACUUUCACUGGGCAGAGGAACCCUGUGUCAAAGAGUUCCAGCUGACUAAAGCCAUCCUGGCGAAGAAGCACAUUUCAGUGUCCACUACACAAAUGACUCCUGUCCUCCAUUGCUUUGCUUCAACAAAACAAUCAUCUUCUCCUUCUUCGCCACUGCACUCUGUAAUGUGAACAGGCAGGAAAUGGACAUAGAUUCAUGUUGUAUAAACCUCUCUUUCCUCCAUGAACACAACGCGAGACACUUCAGCCUGCUGGGAUGAACCAUGGAGUCUUGGGUAGUGGAGGAGGAACAAGCAGGAUGUGUAAAGACUCUGCUGUGUGCAUUUCACUGGAUGCUUUAUUUGUAUACUUACCCUUGGUCAAAUAGCUUUCACAUGCCUCAGGGGGGCAGGGCAAAAAACAAAAAGGUUUUCUGUGUGAAACACCCAGAUGGUUCCUGGGUUAGUUAAUUAUAUAUCAGAGGAACAAAUCCAGUUGUCACACUUGAAUGAACAUGGAUGCCCUCUAAGAAAGAAUAAAGAUAGCAAUGUAAGUUACCUCUUAAAACACUAGAUGGUGUAUUUGAAUGAGAUCUCGACAGUCUUCAGGUGGUUAAUACUUCAAACUUGUGUUCUUCAAAAAUCAUUCUUUUUUUUCCCCUCCCCACCUGGGGAUCUUUUUGUGGGCUCUAGUGUCCCUUAUAUGACAGUAGGCUGACAGGAAAGGGGGAAGUAGAGGGGGGAAGACAUGCAGCAAAUAUCAUCGGGUCCGGGAAUCAAACCCACGACGGCCGCGUCGAGGACUCAAGGCCUCCAAACAUGGGUUGCGUUGUCCCCUACGCCACCACGGCAUGCCCCUCUUCUUCAUGGAUUGUUUUUAAUAAGGUGUGCCUUGCAAAAGUACACAGACCCACUGGGUUCUUUCACCUUCUGUCACAUUACAACUCCACUGGACUAUCCCACUAUGCUGUGGCUGUAUGUUCAGGGUCACUGUUGGAAGGUGAACCUUGACCUGAAUCACCUGAUUGUACUGUAUUUAGGUCCAUUGAUUAAUUCCCAUCAAAUAUGACCAGUUUUCCCUCUUUUUUCCUGAAGGAAAAACAUCCGUAUAGCAUGACACUGCCAUGACCACGUUUCACCAGAGGGUGGUGUGUUUAGGGUAACAUGUAGUGUUAGUUCCCCAUGUCAAUUUUGGUCUCAUCUGACCAUAUGUUUGCUAUUUUCCCUUCAAGAGUAGAAGAAUCAUUUUAUUUGUGCUACUUUAAAGACACAGUGAAUUUGCAAAUUCACUAAAAUGACUUCCAAAGGCGACUGAUUGCACAAGUGUGUUGAAUAGAAACACAUGUCAGAUUUUAUUUGGGCAGCAUUUGAGGUAGCUUUUUUUUUUAGAUUGAUUUUUUUUUUACAUUUGUUAUAACUGUCACGAUAUUCUGACAGUAGAAUAUGAGACAGAUAAUCUGAAAAAAAUCAAGCUUCUCUGUCUCCUCCCUGUGGUCCUACUGCCAUUUGCAGAAAUAUAGCGCUCCCAGUCAGAAACAAGCAAUCAGAGCCAGGAGGAGGGUCCUUAGCAGUAUCAGUCACACUCAACGUUGUUCAAGCUCAAGAUUGCCGGUGUGCUGCUGCAACUGUGGUAAUGGUGGAGAAAGAAUUUAACGUUACAGGAAUUUUCUCCUCAUUUCUUGAGUUCUCAGCUGGCUCCACUGUGGGGGAGACAGCAAGGUGGGCUUGUUCAAAUUUUCCCCGGUUUUCUCAGAACUCCCUUGUGCAGCUUUAAAAAGCAUGUACUACUUUGAUUCUGCUUCAGGAACACAAACUACCUUGUGCUGGUCUUCAAAAUAAAAAUCCUUGUAAAUGACACCAAAAUGUAGGAAACGUCCAGAGGGUGUGAACACUUUUCAGAAAGGAUUGCUGUAGUUUCACUACACUGAUCACAAAUGGGCAUAAGCUUGUAAACCACUCUAAUGAUCAAUGUUAUGUUAGCGAUUGCUUCAUGUAGCAGUUUCUUUGUGUCUGGCUGUCGGUGUGUUCAGCCUUGGACAUGGACAGGUAUGAAUGUUUGCUCUGAUGAGAAAAAAGAAUUGCUGUACUAUAUUUUUAUAUAUGACUAUGAGCCUCUUCAAUUAAACACGUUCCAAUAGAAAGACCAUUAUAAACCAGUUGAACAACCUUUUUUUAUUUUGACAAAUCACUGCCAUUUUGUAGAUAAAGACAAUAAAGCUAUACAGAGCGUGGAUGGUUGUUUGGCCUCUGGCUGUUUUUGCCAGAUCACGGUAAAAGAACAGAACGAUGGAGGAGAAAAAGAACAACAAGACCUUCCUCCUGUUACAGACAGACUGCUGUCUCCUCGAUCAGGUUGUUGACGUUUAACACUGAUUCUUGUACAGUAUGUAUGCAUAUCAUUUUGUUUUGUCUCUAAAAUGUAUUGAAGGUACAUGUUCCUACAUGAUGUAUAAUAAACCUUGUAAGGGUCAUAAAGCUAUGAUUUAAA